AGAUAGCGCAGAGUGAAGCUGAGUGACAGAAAUUAUAGUAUAAUUUCUUUUCUAAAUGUAAUUUCUGUACUCGCAAAAUAUAUAUUUCCGUGGUCCAAAUAUAACGCCAUAGCCCACAGUGUUACAUAACAGAACAAGCUGGUUAUAUAAGGGCGCUGCUCCAGUGGGAGCUUGAUGCCCACUAGUGAGUACAGUGUGUUCUAGCGGGACACAGAGAGAAGAGAGCAGGUUCUGUAUCCACCACACUGAGCAAUGCCAAUGUCUCCUGUGUCCUCGGACAACAACAAACCUGUUGACGAUCAUGAGGUGCAAGGUUGCAUCAACAUGCCACUGAAGGGACUGGAGACCAUUGCUCCUUUGGUCUGCUCUGUGAAGGAGACCCCUGAGCCAAUCUCCACCAAAGUACAAGGCACCAUUCCGUCCUGGAUCAGUGGCAGCCUACUUCGUAAUGGGCCGGGAAAGUUUGAGUUUGGAAACACACACUACAACCACUGGUUUGAUGGGAUGGCUAUGCUGCACCAGUUCAGGAUUGACAAAGGUCAAGUGACCUACAGGAGUCGCUUCCUGCAAAGUGAUGCUUACAAAAAGAACAGCGAAUGGGACCGCAUUAUGAUGUCAGAGUUUGGUACCCUUGCUUUGCCUGAUCCUUGCCAAAACCUCUUUCAGCGCUUUCUUUCCCGAUUUGAGAGGAUGGAGCCCACUGAUAAUGCAAAUGUUAGUUUUGUGAAGUACAAAAGUGAUUACUAUGUCAGCACAGAGACAAACUUCAUGCACAAAGUGAACCCAGAGAAUCUCAAAACAUUGGAAAAGGUGGACUGGAGUAAGUUUAUUGCUGUAAAUGGAGCUACUGCCCACCCACACUAUGACCCUGAUGGUACCACCUACAAUAUGGGCAAUUCUUAUGGCACCAAAGGAGCCCAAUACAACUUCAUCAGAGUUCCUCCAGAGAAGACACAUGCCAGUGACUCUCUUCAAGGGGCUAAAGUGCUAUGUUCUAUUGAACCUGUAAACAAGUCCCAUCCCUCCUACUAUCACAGCUUUGCCAUGUCUGAAAACUUUGUGGUGUUCAUCGAGCAGCCAAUUAAGAUGGAUCUGCUCAAGAUAGUAACAGCUAAGAUGAGGGGGAAACCUUUGAGUGAGGCCAUCUACUGGGAUCCCCAUCAGGAAACCAUCUUCCACCUUGUUGACAAGCAUACAGGAGAGGUCAGCUCAGUGAAGUACCAAACCAAAGCCUUAUCCACUUUCCAUCAGAUUAAUGCCUUUGAGGAGGAUGGAUUCUUGAUGGUUGACAUGUGUUGCUCAGACGACGGCCAAGCCAUCAACAACUACCUCAUCCAGAACUUACGCAAGUCAGGAGACGCACUAGAUGAGGUGUACAAUAACAUGUGCCGUGUUUACCCCCGCCGAUUUGUUUUGCCCCUGAAUGUGACCAGUGAAACACUGACAGGGCAGAACCUGAACACACGACCCUCCAGUAAAGCAACAUGUGUCAAAAUCAGUGAUGAUAAGGUGUUCUGCCAGCAUGAGAAUCUCCAUGGUGAUGACCUCCAUGAGUAUGGUGGCCUAGAGUUUCCUCAGAUCAACUAUGGCAGAUAUAACACACGGCCAUAUCGUUAUCUCUAUGGCUGUGGCUUCAGCCACCUUGUUGGAGACUCUCUGCUUAAGAUGGACCUUAAGGACAAUACUCUUAAGGUGUGGUACCGGAAGUGUCUCUACCCAUCAGAGCCAGUGUUUGUUCCAUCACAUGAUGCUGUGGAGGAAGAUGAUGGUGUCAUCCUCUCUGUGGUUCUAACGCCCUCACAGGAUAAAGGAACAUUCUUGCUAGUUUUGGAUGCCAAGACAUUUGAAGAGCUGGGACGAGCCAGUGUUCCUGUUAAUAUGCCUUAUGGUUUCCAUGGUACCUUUAAUGCCUCUGUGUGAAUUAUGUUUCAUUCAAAGUGAUGUAUGGUGUAACACCAUAAAAAGAGGAUGUUCAACUUUUA